GACCCGGAGGAGAGGGAGGGACGGGAGACCCCGCCCCCCAGGGCUUGGGGGAAAUCGUUCUGUCCCGGGGAAGGAGUGGCGGCGGUGUGCCGGAGGGGCCGAGACGUUGUGGUUUCCGUGUCUCCUGGUGGCGGGAGCCAGAACCUCUGGAGACGUGGAUGGCGCUCCGGGCUUCCUUCUCUUUACAGCCACCGCCCUCCGCCCCUCCUGGGGCCUGCAGAAACACGGUUCCUUGGGAGAAACUCCUGAAGGUGUCCAGGCUGAGACUAGGGGGUAAUGGCGGUGUGAGCUCUUGAUGGUGUGAGACCACCCCAGAGCCAGGAAAUGGCUACAGCCUUGGAACCAGAGGACCAGGAUCUUUGGGAAGAAGAGGGGAUUCUGAUGGUAAAACUGGAAGAUGAUUUCACCUGUAGGCCAGAAUCAGUCUUACAGAGGGAUGACCCUGUGCUGGAAACCUCCCACCAGAACUUCCGAUGUUUUCGCUACCAGGAAGCAGCAAGCCCUCGAGAAGCUCUAAUCAGACUCCGGGAACUUUGUCAUCAGUGGUUGAGGCCAGAGAGGCGGACAAAGGAGCAGAUCCUUGAGCUGCUUGUGCUAGAACAAUUUCUUACCGUCCUCCCUGGAGAACUGCAGAGCUGGGUGCGGGGCCAAAGACCAGAAAGUGGCGAAGAGGCCGUGACGCUGGUGGAGGGUUUGCAGAGACAGCCCAGGAGACCAAGGCGGUGGGUGACUGUCCAUGUUCACGGCCAAGAGGUCCUAUCAGAGGAGACGGUGCAUCUAGGACCAGAGCCCGAGUCACCUGCUGAGCCACAGGAUCCUGUGCAGACCUUGACCUCUGAGCAGUCCCAUGAGGAAGCCACACAGAACCCAAAUCUGGGGGUACCAGCACAGCAAAGCCUGAGCCAAGACGAGGAGCUCCAGCUGCUGCAAGAGAGCGAGGUUGCAGUGCCCCAGGGCCCAGACCUGCCUUCAGAGAGGAGCUCUGGAGACCCAGAGAUGGUUGCUUUCCUUACUGCUCUAUCACAGGGACUGGUAACUGUGAAGGAUGUGGCCGUAUGCUUCUCCCAGGACCAGUGGAGUGAUCUGGAUCCAACACAGAAAGAAUUCUAUGGAGAAUAUGUCUUGGAAGAAGACUGUGGAAUUGUGGUCUCUCUGUCAUUUCCAAUCCCAAGACCUGAUGAGAUCUCCCAGGUUAGAGAGGAAGAGUCUUGGAUCCCGGAUAUCCAAGAGCCUCAGGAAACUCAAGAGCCAGAAAUUCUGAAUUUUACCUAUACAGGAUAUCCGAGUGAAGAAGAAGAGUGUGUUGAGCAGGAAAAUCCAAGUUUGGAGGAUGUACACAGGCCUAUUUUGGGAGAUCCAGAAAUUCACCAGGCUCCAGAUUGGGAAAUUACCUUUGAAGAUAAUCCAGGUAGACUUAAUGAAAGAAGAUUUGGUACAAAUAUUUCUCAAGUGAAUACUUUAAUGAAUCUUCAAGAAACUGUGCCUGUUCAGACCGUGUUAGGGAAACAUCAUGAAUGUUCUGUUUGUGGAAAAAGCUUCACUUGUAAUUCCCACCUUGUUAGGCACCUGAGAACUCACACAGGAGAGAAGCCUUAUAAAUGUAUGGAGUGUGGGAAAAGUUAUACACGCAGCUCACAUCUCGCCAGACACCAGAAGGUUCACAAGAUGAACACUCCUUAUAAAUACCCUGUGAACCGUAAGAAUGUAAAUGAGACUUCCCCUGUGAUCCAGACUAAGAGAACUGGAUCUGUUGAGAAACCCUAUAGAUGUGAUGAGUGUGGCAAACACUUCCGGUGGACUUCAGACCUUGUCAGGCAUCAGAGGACACAUACAGGAGAAAAACCCUUCUUUUGUACUAUUUGUGGCAAAAGCUUCAGCCAGAAAUCUGUGCUAACAACACACCAAAGAAUCCACCUUGGAGGCAAACCCUACUUGUGUGGAGAGUGUGGAGAGGACUUCAGUGACCACAGGCGGUAUCUGGCACACCGGAAGACGCAUGCCGCUGAGGAGCUCUACCUCUGCAGUGAAUGUGGGCGGUGCUUCAACCACAGCGCGGCAUUUGCCAAGCACCUGAGAGGACACGCCUCAGUGAGGCCUUGCCGAUGCAACGAAUGUGGGAAAAGCUUCAGUCGGAGGGACCAUCUUGUCAGGCAUCAGAGAACACACACUGGGGAGAAACCAUUCACAUGCCCUACAUGUGGGAAAAGCUUCAGCAGAGGGUAUCAUUUAAUCAGGCAUCAGAGGACCCACUCAGGAAAGACCUCCUAGCUAGACCCUCUGUAAGGAGGUCUGCACUCAGCCCUUCCUGUCAGCCUGGGAAGGCCUUUUCUAAGGAGUUGCCCAGACCUUACAUCACCUCUUCCCACAGCCAAAUCAGAGCCCUGGGCAGAACCUCUCAGCCUUCUAUGCCUUGAGGAGAUGUUUUGCCCAAGUACAAGCUGAAUUGAGGCUCCUCCUCCAUGGGAGUGCUCCUGCCUCUACCUCAGGGGUAUGAAGUAGGAGAACUAGAAGACAAGAGGUUAUGUUCACUGUAUUGUCUAGAAAAUAGGCUGUUACACCCCAUAAAGACUGUUUAACAACCUCAAGUUCAAAGUGGCCAAGGAUAGACCCUUAGGUUAGGUAAGGGACCAGCCCAAAGGAUUCUGUCCUUACUGGGCAAAAAUCUUAAAGCACACAGCUCUGAACUCAAGACAGGAGGUUUGCGUCCUGAUGGCUUUGCCACACAUUCACGGGUAACUGUACAAAACCCUUGCUGUCUGAUUCACUUCUUACCAUGCACUUUCCUUUGAUGCUGGGGAGAAGUGGGCAAAAGCCUUAAGGCUGCUUCAUAUGGACCUUGUCAAGCUGCUCCCUCCCCCUCUGUCAACAUGUUUAUCGGGUGCCAGACUCUGCUAGAAAGGAGGCCCUAGUCAGAUGCCUCUUUCCUUGUGGGGUUUUUUCUGUUAAAGUAUUCAUGCCUUCAGCCUUCCUACUCUUCAGCCAGUCUCUUGGUUUUGUCCCUAGCACGCCUACUGCGAAUGAGAUGUAGCAACUGGGUGCUGAGGGAUUCAGUAAAGCAUAAUUAAAUCAUUUACGUUCUCACAUGUAUACAAACCCAGCCACCUGCCUCACCCCCUUUACAUGGGUUGUGUCGUGAGGGGGGUUUGGAACACUGUCAGCUUACAAAGGCACCAUAACAAUUACAGAAUCUUGAUUGACUGGGUCACUUCAUUUACAUGAAGAAAACCAGAGAUUAAAGUACAGAAAGAUAAGAAAAAGCUCUUGCUGCUGGCCAAGGCCAUGAAGACUGUUCUCCUGACACUCAGUCCCCAUCACCCCUGCCUCAGUGCUGUUACGUCACGGAAAAUAAGGAACCCCAGUACGUGGGACACUGAGGAAUUUUCCAGGAGUAAAUGGCUUUCAUGUAUUUAUGUUGUUUACUUUUUCUUAUCUGAUUUAAUUUUCUUGUAACUGAGAACUGAAUAGUACUAUCUCAUGAUGGCCCAAGGUUGCCUGUUAAAGGUUCCAUGGAGAUGAGGCUAAAUACUUAAACUCCUGCUCUGAUCGUGGGAGUGGAAAGGACUGGGGAGACGUCCUCCAUGAAUGGAGCACAAGGUACAGGGUUAAAGCAUGGAGGGAGACAACCUUCUGCUCUUAUUCACAAUCCACAGUCCAUUGUGGGCCAGAUACACCAGAGGUCAAGGGGGAGUUAACAAGGCUCCAACCCUAACAUCCCAACAAGGAAAUUUUUAUUUUGGUCAAAAAUAUUAUGAUGGACUGGUUUGGUUUUGAUAGCAGUCAACCAUUGUCCUUCUGGAAAUAUACACAUACAAAAUAAAUAAAGGUAAUACUUGA